AUGACUGAGAAGAGCAGUCGUCUAAAAAUAUUCCAUGUCACACACAUCAAGGAAGUCAGCGUCAGAUCGGGUAAUUCGCUUACUAGGGAAGAUCACUUGGAAACGAGCCAAGUCCCUCUAACGGAUCUUAGUUCACCUGCACGUGGACAGCGGCUCCAUGGCCUCGAGGACGAGGAAGAGGAGAGGUCACUCUGGUCUGCUCAACCGCGGCAGAAUCAUGCAGCCUCGAGGUUGCCCUUCACCUGA